AUGAGCCCUGUUGGCGUGAAGGAUGGCGGGGCAGGGGGACGAUGCUACACCCAGCGACUGGCGCUUAGCGCCCUCACCAUAAAGGCUGCACACCGCAAAGGCUGCAAACCACAAACCACACACGCCUCGAGGCAGGCGAUAUGCAAGCCACAGCCCGCUGGCUGCCAUCAUCAUCUCCUCUCCACAUCCGCUACCAUUCAAUUCAUCUCUCUCUGUCUCUCUGUCUCUCUAAGUCUCUCUCUCUCUCUGUCUCUCUGUCUCUCUAAGUCUCUCUCUCUCUCUCUCUCUCUCUCUCUCUCUCUCUCUCUCUCUCUCUCUCUCUCUCUCUCUCUCUCUCUCUCUCUCUCUCUGUGA